GGAGAGUCCAAGAAAGAAAGUGUUGUGAUCCAAUAUUAUAUCCAAGAGAGGACCUUAUAGAAAAACAAGAACUUAAAAGGAGAAGAUCAAGAUGGAUACUAGUAAUGAUUCAAAAAGACACAUGUUGACGUGCUUUUUUCUAGGGAUGCUGUUCUUAUGCAUGGUGGUCGAGUCAGAUGCUCAACUAUCGGAAACUUUCUACGCAUCGACAUGUCCUAACGUUGAACUCAUCGUUCGACAGGCCGUUACAACGAAAUACCAACAAACCACCAUCACGGCUCCGGCAACAUUACGGAUGUUCUUUCACGACUGCUUCGUUGGUGGAUGUGACGCUUCUGUGUUAAUAGCAUCUGAUAAUGGAGACGCGGAGAGGGAUUCACAGGAUAACAUAUCUCUCGCCGGUGACGGUUUCGACACUGUGAAUAAAGCUAAACUCGCUGUUGAAGCUCAAUGUCCUGGUAUUGUGUCUUGUGCCGAUAUUAUGGCUCUCGCAGCUAGAGACGUUGUCGUCCUCGCAGGAGGGCCAGAGUAUAAGGUGGAGCUAGGGAGACGAGACGGGCUCGUGUCAACUGCGUCACGAGUUGACGGGAAGUUACCAGGACCAGAGCUAGACGUCAAUAGUCUGGUCAAUCUAUUCGCUAGUAACGGACUCACAAUGACCGACAUGAUAGCUCUCUCAGGCGCACACACUAUAGGAUUCUCACACUGCGACCGUUUCGCUCACCGUCUCUACAACUUCUCAACGUUCAUGCCCGUAGACCCCACGCUUGAUCCAUCCUACGCACAGCAGCUGAUGCAAUCCUGCCCUCGUGUCGGUGCGGACCCCAGCGUAGCCGUGAACCUGGACUUAACCACCCCAAACGUCUUUGACAAUGCUUACUUCAAGAACCUUGUGGCUCGGAAAGGUCUUUUCACAUCCGACCAAGUUCUGUUUAACGAUUUCAGGUCUCAGGCAACGGUGAUAAGGUUUGCAAACAGUGCUGAAGAGUUCAAUACCGCUUUCAUAUUGGCUAUGAGGAAACUUGGCCGUGUUGGAGUUAAGGUUGGGAACCAAGGAGAGAUUCGUAGGGAUUGCUCUGCUUUUAAUUAGUAACAAAUGUUUUUAAGAAAAUACAAACUUUAUUUCUUUUAUUAAUGCUUGCUAUAUUGAAAUGUCAUAAUCCACAAUGGAACUUGUUAUCAUGCAGUUGUAAAUCUAUUUUUCAGGAUUGAAAGAAAUAUUAUUUGAAUCAUAAUC